GUCAACAAUAGACAUCCAGCACGGCGAUUAUUGAAAAAUUGUUAAAAUCAAACAAAACAUCGAUUCGUAGCGGUUUAAAAGAUAGUGAGGAUGGGAAUUACAUGUUGGGCACCGGAUUGUUACCAUAACAACAUGAGGGAGAAAUGCCAAUUCUUCAGAUUCCCUAAGGAAAUGAAGGAAUUUAGGAAAUGGAAGCGGCUUCUUAGGCGUGAUGCAGAUCCUGGUCCAGGUGCAAGAGUGUGCAGUUGCCAUUUUAAGGACGGUGAUAGAAAAAAUGCCCCUGAAAUCUUCGAGCAUAAUGUGAAAAGGAAAUUUCACAUUCACUAUUUGUCACCAGAGGCAAAAAAAAGGAGGGUCUUUAUGGAAGAUGAAAGUCGAGAAGGUCCAUCAACAAUGCCAGAUCCAAUUCCAUAUAUGGAACAGAAGCUCGCAGAACCACAACCAGGACCCAGUGGUUUAAGUGUGGAAAUAGAAAGUUCCCCAGAGACUGCUCGCUCUCAAACAACCGAGGCAUCAAUUAAAUCAAUACCAAUGCUUGAAGCAGAAAUGUAUUUAUUGAAAUUGGAGUUGGAGCGAAAAGAGAAGAUGUUGAAGACCUUACGUGUGGUUUUCACUUAUGCCCACAUUUGUGAAAGGGACGACAUGAUUUCCGAAUAUACAGGAUUACCUUCAAGGGGCAUCUUCGAAAGCUUACUGUUUCUGGUCCAAAAUGAACAAAUCAUAUAUUAUUCUAAGUGGAAGGUGCACAAAAUUUCUGUGACCGAUCAAAUGCUACUUGCAUUGAUGAAACUGCGUCAGAAUUUUUCCCAUGCAGAUCUGGCGUUUAGAUUUGACGUUUCUGUGGGAACCGUAACUAAUGUUGUUGUCACUUUCAUCCAUGUUCUACAUGAAAUUAUUUUUAAAAAGCUUAUGAAUUCCAUCCCAAAACGCACUAAAAAUAAAUCAUGCCUUCCCAAUUGUGCAAGUACAUUCACAAAUUGCCGUAUCAUUUUAGAUUGUACAGAAGUAAUUUCAGCAGUGCCUAGACAAUCCAUGAAAAAACAAAAACUUACUUAUAGCUCCUAUAAGCAUCGAAACACCCUUAAAGGCUUAGUCGGAGUUGCUCCAAAUGGAGUAAUAACUUAUGCCAGUGACCUCUAUCCUGGAUCCAGCUCCGAUAAAGCUAUCGUUGGACAUUGUGGGAUUUUGCAACAAUUGGAAGCAGGCGACCUGAUCUUAGCCGACAAAGGGUUCUUAAUUAAAGAUUUAUUGCCAAGUGGAGUAAAUAUUAACGUUCCACCUUUCUUGGUAACUCCACAGUUUUCUGUGGAACAAGUACGCCGGACAGAGUGUAUUGCCCGGGCAAGGAUUCAUGUAGAGCGGGCUAUAAGGAGAAUGAAAAUUUUCAAAAUUCUAAAUUUUAUUCCCUCUACACUAUUCAGUUAUAGCUCUGUAAUUUUUAAAACGAUUGCAGCUCUUACAAAUUUACAGUACCCUUUAUUAAAAGAAGUGGAAGAAUUGUAUACCGAUAUUGAGGAACAAUGAUUUCUUAAACAUUUCUGUAACAUAAUAUGUACAUACCUAUUGUAAUGUAAAACUGUAUAACC